CUAGUAUGUCCCUCAAGAUACUGCGCGUUUACUUCAGCUCCAGGGUGGUGCACGAAGUUUUAUCGACCGUUUGGAUUUCAUCUUCGAUCAAGGAUACUUCGAGCCUACAGAUGAACCAUCUCAGCAGAUGCCAUUUAUGUACCAUUAUGCGAACCGACCUGGGUUGAGUACGCAACGGUCUAGACAGGUGAUUGCGCAGAAUUUUGACACGACUCCGGGUGGGCUCCCGGGGAAUGAUGAUUCCGGUUCGUACAUCUUAACUACGGUUCUUACUUUCGUCGUCCUUGAACUCCACCAGGUGCAAUGGGAAGUUACGCGGCGUUCUACCUUGCUGGGCUCUAUCCCCUACCAGCUACAAGGCAGUUUCUGCUAUCAUCGCCCUACUUCCCAUCCAUAUCAUUCUUCAACCCGGUAUUCAACUCGACCACGACCAUCAAGUCAAUUGGAUUUGAGGGAAAUCCGGAAGACGGAACUGGGGGGAAGGUCUUCGUAAAGAACGUUAGGGUUAACGGAAAGCCGUACAAGA